AUGAGUAUUAAGAAAACGGUUGGUGUCUUGGGAGCCACCGGCUCUGUUGGCCAAAGGUUCAUUUUGCUGCUGGCCGACCAUCCAAAUUUCGAAUUGAAAGUUUUGGGAGCUUCGCAUAGAUCCGCCGGCAAAAAAUACGCAGAUGCUGUGAACUGGAAGCAAACAGAGCUCUUGCCUGAGUUCGCCCAGAACAUCGUGGUUAGCGAGUGUAAAGCAGAUGCUUUCAAAGAGUGCGCUGUUGUUUUCUCCGGCUUGGAUUCGGACUACGCAGGCACCAUUGAAAAGGAGUUUGAGCAGGCCGGGCUAGCCGUGGUUUCCAACGCGAAGAACUACCGUCGUGACACGGACGUGCCUUUGAUCGUGCCCAUCGUCAACCCCGAACACUUGGAAAUUGUGGGCGAAAAGCUGGAAGCGGCGCAAAAGGCCGGCUCCACCAAGCCAGGCUACAUUGUUUGUAUCUCUAACUGUUCCACGGCCGGUUUGGUGGCCCCUCUUAAACCCCUGGUCGAAAGCUUUGGGCCAAUCGAUUUGCUAACUGCCACCACUUUGCAGGCCCUCUCCGGGGCUGGGUUUUCCCCAGGUGUUCCCGGUAUGGAUGUGCUGGACAACAUUGUUCCCUACAUUGGCGGGGAAGAGGACAAAAUGGAAUGGGAAACCAAGAAAAUUCUAGGGGCUGUUUCCGAGGACAAGACCACCGUCGAUCUUCUGUCGGACGAAGACAUCAGAGUCUCAGCCCAAUGCAACAGAGUCGCUGUCUCUGAUGGCCACACGGAAUGCAUCUCCUUCAGGUUCAAAAACCAACCACCACCAUCGCUGGACCAGGUGAAAAAGAGCCUGCGCGAUUACGUUUGCGAAGCUUCCAAGUUGGGCUGCCACUCUGCUCCUAAGCAAACCAUCCACGUUCUGGAACAAAACGACAGGCCACAACCAAGACUGGAUAGGAAUAGAGAUGCAGGCUACGGUGUUAGCGUUGGUAGAGUUAGAGAAGAUCCUGUUCUUGACUACAAAAUGGUUGUACUGUCCCACAACACUGUCAUUGGUGCUGCCGGUGCAGGUAUUCUGAUUGCAGAGAUUCUGCUAGCCAAGAAUUACCUCUAA